UCCCCCUCCCUCCUGAGUCCAGCUCAUUAGCUAGCCGUUGCCAUUAGCAGACUUGCGUGAGUUAGUGACGCAGAGGCUAAUUGUGUGGAAAGGAUAGGCGUCAGGAGCGUUCAGAGGGCACCGAGGGUCCCCAAGGGCUCCACACUGAGCAACUGAGCUCCAGAGCUCUUUCCCAUCUCCCCGAUUGUUAGUCUCUGGGGUGAAAUGGCCAGGUAAACAUGUUUCUCCCUCUCUGGCAUCCACUACACCCUGGACAACAGAGACUGAAACCACAUCCUUUAAAAACCAGCUCAGUAGCUUGUUACAGUGUUUAUAAGUUGAUGGUUGCAGUGAUGCACUACAGUACGAAAUGGUCAGAGGGGUGGAUGUGAGGCUCCAGCUCUCCUCGCUGUCAUGACACUGUAAUGGAGGAUGUUGCAUCAUGCGCAGCUCCUCUGCCAUCUCCCACUGUUCUGCCCUGGGCCAAGCCACCUGAGCUCCUGGGAAUCUCCUCCUUCCUCCUCCUUCUUCUUCAUCUUGUGCAUCUUGUUCUCCUUCCCCUUGUUUUCAUAUUUUCUGUAUCUUAAGCCAUCCCUGUCUUCUCGUUCUGCCUAAAGUGCAUCAUACAUUAGCACUGAUUUACCUAAAGGUCUUUUUCUUCACGCCUAUUCUGCUGCUGUUUUUUUUCUCCCUUUUUUUUAGAGAAGAAGAGUGUGGACACUGUGUGAUGGUCGUGCCAAACCUAAUAUGUCACGGUCCGGGGGAGCCCUCCUAUUUCACCUGCCAGCAGUGUGAAGGCGUGUUUUCAUCUGCAUGGGCGCUCUUACAGCACGCUCAGCACACACACUCCUUCAGCAUCUACCAAGAGGACGAGGAAGAUGACACAGACAUGAGAGGAGGAGGAAGAGGAGGGCUUAAAGAUCACAAGCCUGCUGCAGCCACUCUGGACCCUCGCCACCUGAGCCAAGCUCUUGCCUCUGCCUUUCAGCCCUCCGGCCUGCGCCUCAGUCGCUCCCGUCAGACACACACCACCACCUCCUCCUCCUCCUCCAGUAACCCGCAGGCUCUGAACUUUUCAGUGCAGCUCAGGGAGCUUGCCGAGGGGAAUAAUAACACCACCGGCAGCUCCCCCGGAGGCCUGAUGCUGUCUCCGUCCUCUUCUCCACCAGCAGCUUCUCCCUUUCCUCAGACUAGCGCCCUCCAGGCUGACUUCCACUGCGAGCCGUGUGGUCAGAACUUCCACUCCCUGCGCGCUCUGUCCUCCCACCGCCGGACUCACACUUGCGACAGGCCCUAUCACUGUGGAGUGUGCGGGCAGGCCUUUGCCCAGAGCGGCCAGCUGGCCCGUCACAUAAGGAGCCAUCACAGGGAGGCUGGAAGUGGAGGAAGUGGAUAUGAGUCGGUGGAGAUGGUCGUGAUGGAGGAGGAUGUAGGGAGGCAGGGGAUGAGAGGGAGGUUUCAAAUGCAGCCAGUUGGAACCAUGGGAAAGGGAGACUUGAAAGCUCAGGGCCCGUCCGAGCUAGACCUGAAGCUGCCCAAACACCCCGCCAUAGCUUCAGGCCUGAUGCUGCUGACCUCGCAGGUUAGACCGGCAGACAGGGAGCUACUGAGGCUGUACCAGCGCCAGAGAGAGGUGGGAGAUGGAGGGGAGGAGGAGGCAGAGGGGCAGGGGGAGCCUCAGCACACCUCACCCUGCGCCAGCCCCUCUGAAGGCUCGCUGGAGAGCGGAGAGACAGGGGGCAGCGGUGAGAGUGGUAUUGCUAGUGGCAACUGCACGCCCAAACGGCCAGAGAUGGGCGACAGAGUGCGAGGAGUUGGAGAGUGGGAGAAUGAAAGAGGAGAGGUCAUAGAGAGGGAGACAGAGUGGAGCGAGGUUGUGCAAGAAUGGCAGAGGGAGAAUGAGCGGAGGAGUGUAGGAGGAGGUGUCAGCAGCGGAGGAAACAACAAUAACAACAAUACUACUGCCGGUUCAGCUGGUAAGAAGAAGAAAGACGAAGCCUGCGAGUAUUGUGGUAAGCAGUUCAGGAACAGCAGCAACCUGACUGUACACCGCCGCAGCCACACAGGUGAACGGCCCUACCGCUGCGGCCUCUGCAACUACGCCUGCGCUCAGAGUUCAAAGUUAACGCGCCACAUGAAGACCCACGGCGCCCAGGGAGCUAAGGCUUCCUUUUUGUGUCAGUUGUGCGCGGUGCCCUUCACCGUCUACGCCACUCUGGAGAAACACCUGAAGAAAGUCCACGGCCUGAGUCACGCCAGUGUAGGAGCGUACGCACAGGCCAGCGCCGCAGACACUUUGGCUGCUAUAAAAGCUGAAGAAGUAGUGGUGGUGAAAAUGGAGGAGGAUGAAGCCAGUUUGGAUCAGAUAGAAAUGGAGAGCAAAAUGCAGAGUGAUGUGGUGAAAAGCAUGGAGGUGGAGGAGGGGCAAAGCCAAGCGGCAUGUGUGGAGAACAGAGGGAGUCCAGCCAUAGUGGGGGAUCUCCCACCUGAGAGCAACGCAGAGGUGAGCUUAGCUUUGACUUCUGCGCCAUGAGAGCUGUUCUCAUUCACUAAUUGACAUUAAAAUAGAACUGUAAAGGAUUUAACUCGCCCAUUCAAAUAAAAAGAAUUUGUCUCAUUAUUGAACUGACAAGUCAAGUUAAACUGGAAUCUAGUUUAGAGAAGAAGCAGCAGGCAAUCCCGUCAUCUCUGCCAACACUGAUGCACCCAGCAGCCAUCAGCCACAUUGUUCAUGAUUGUAUGCAAAGCUGCCAGUUGAAACUAAGUGCCUACAGAUCUUUAGACCACAGAGCAAAAACAAGGCCAUGACAUUCAACAGGGAGAUUACCAGAGCUCUUGAACAGGAAGUGAACCGUCACAGUCCACACCGACACAGGAAACUGAUCACCAUGUUGCAGUGCAGGAUGCAAAAGAUGACUGAUUUAUCUCUCUGGUGACCCACUGGACAGGUGGAGACAGAUAGUAACUGUCAGAUAAUAUAGAGAGGGGAUUAUAUUGAAUUAAAAAAGCUUAGCAAUAGUAUGAUGUUAAUAUAUUUUCAGCAUCAGCAGAUGGAGGGAGGUCAUAUUGUGCUACCUAGCUGUUGCUGGUUUUCUUUUUGAGAAGACCUUUUAAAGACUAAAGAUGUUUGAACAGACACAGAGGGUGAAAUUAAUCCAAACACUGUCUGUCUGCGGUUUCUCAGAUUCCUUUUUUUAAAGGCGCUUGGUUGUCACAACACUUGUCUCUUAACGUAAUGUUUACAGGGCUCAUGGGACCUGGCAAGGUUGUGCUCCUGACUUUGUGACAGUAUGUAUGGAUAAUUUUCUGUUGGGGUUUUUUCUAAUUUUAUAAAUGUGAAUAAGGAGACUUUAAAGUCUAAUUUACUGAUGUUUUUUUUUUUUCAUGAUUAGUUUCUAUGCAUAAAAAACUGCAAUUUUACCUACAUGUGAAACGGGUGUGUAUUAUUUUUCUCUAUUUGUACCUAUUAUUGUGUUGGUAAUUUCUCUCUUUCAUUGUUUACAUUUGUAAAGUGCCGGACUGCUUGAAGCUUGUGCAUGUUUUGCAGCCAUUUGAAACUGUUUCUUUUUUUAGUUUGAAUUAUUCCUAAUUUAUGGAUGCUGCAUGUUGGUGGUUGUUUAACUGAAAAAGUCUGUUCCACUGCUGAAAUACAGGGUUGAGGGGUACGGGAGUAGCUAGUUGAUUGGUGGAGUGUGUGUGUGUGUGUGUGUGUGUGUGUGUGUGUGUGUGUGUGUGUGUGUGUGUGUGUACACAUAUUGGGAAAACAUCCACGGGUAACACUUGUACUUGACCCCUCUGUCCUGUGAUCUUGUGUCCACAGCGUAAAUCAGCUGGUCGCAAUCACGUGUCAUGCUUCUGACAGGUCAUUAUAUGUAAAUGGUGAGGCUUUAAGUUUAGAAAAACAAGUUAAAGGUGGGGUAUGCAAUUCUGGAGAAAUCCAAUACCAUGAUAAAUACCAUGAUAUAGAGCGAACAACAACACAGCAAGUAAUAUAACUAACGUUUGCUAGGUUGUGGGUUAGCUUAGCUAGGUUAUAGGUUAGCAAACGGUCCCUACAGUGGCUCCUGUAAAGCUAAUAGCCAGAGAGGACAAAUGUUUCCCAGAGCCAGCACACCAGCUCCAGACAGCGACACCUCUCCUGCUACUAUAGCUAAGAUCACAACAACACAUAUAUUGGCAAACUAGAACUAGCCACUUUGUUUAUUUCCCAUUUACAGAGCCAGGGCUGGAUUUUUUUUCAGCUCAAACACACAGACAGACGGACAGCUAGCGGACAAAAAAGAUGUGUAUUGGAUUAGAAUCGCAUACCCCACCUUUUAAAUAUGUGGAAAUCUGUCCAUUUAACACAUAUAACAGAACAAAGUUGUCAAGUAGAGUGCUACCAACUUUUUCGUGACUAGUGUGAUGACUUUGUGUUACCAUAUCUGAUUUCUGCUUGCAUUCAUGUCAGGGAAAACAAAUUCUUAUGUGUGUUGUGUAAUGAAUGAUUCUGAAUGCUGUGUAACUGUUCAGGGAUAAUUUUUUGUACAUAGAUUGACAUUCUUGCUGUUGCUAUACUUAUUAUUGUUAUUAUUAUUAUUAUUAUUAACUGCCUCCACUUUUCCUAGCAUCAUCUCCUUUACGCUGAACACUGGCUAUUGUGAAGCUGUACCGCUCUGCUGUCUUUGUAAACUUGACACCGUUUUGUAAUUGAAGAGCCUUAAUAAACAAUUGAGGUGAAA